AUGAAGUACUCAAUAUUUUCACUUUUUUUGCUAUAUGAAUUUUUAGUAAGUGAAAGCCAUGAAGAUAAAAUACAAUCAAUUUAUGGCAUGCAGAGUUUUGCUAUCAACUGCAACGUUGAUGAGUCUCGUUAUGAGUACUUGAAUGAUCUGGCGAACGACCCAAGUUUUGAUUUUAUAAAAACACCAUCGCUUUCUACAUGCCAAAGUAAUGUAACAAUGGAUGUUUUGGUACCUGCACAAGUAGUCAAAAUGUUUAAAAAGGAGUUGAUAAAACGAAACAUUUCAUUUGACGUCUAUUCUGAGGAUAUAAGUAAUGAAAUUCACGAAAGAAAAAGGCGGGAUAUUGAUGUCAGUAGAAGAAUUCAGCGUCUACCUUCAGCAUUUUUCGAAAAUUAUCGUAGUUAUCAAGAGAUGAAAGAAUAUUGCAAAGUAACAAUUCCAAACCUUAAUCCAGCGGCCAAGUACGUGAAAAUCGGUACGAGUCUCGAACGUCGAACCAUUUUCGGAGUAAAAUUUACCACCGACGAGAAUGCCAGGCGGCCUAUGAUAUUGCUCGAUGCAGGGAUUCACGCUCGAGAAUGGAUAUCCCACAUGACUGCUCUGUACAUAAUUUCUCAAUUAGCAAAAUUAGAAAAUCGACACAUUUACGACGAAAUUGAUAUUGUUAUUAUACCAAAUUUAAAUCCCGAUGGCUAUGAGUACAGUCGACAAAAACCCGAGAAUCGACUGUGGAGAAAAAAUCGUUCAUCGGCGAUUAAAAAAUGUAGAGGCGUGGACCUUAAUCGUAAUUUUGAUACCCAUUGGACCAGUGGGAUAGGAUCUUCUGACGAUCCAUGCGCGCAGACCUACAAAGGUAAGAAGGCUUUCUCCGAGCCGGAGUCUCGUGCAUUGAGAGACUUCAUGAAGGAAAAUAAGGAUAGGAUUAAAAUUUACGUUACCCUUCACUCUUACGGAAACUACUUUAUGUAUCCGUGGCUGUACAUGUUCGGGGCUCACUGGAAUUAUAAAUUAAUGGACUGUAUUGCACACGAGGCUCACGAUGCACUUCAUAAAGUUCGGGGCACCACCUACAAAAUUGGACCGUCUGGUAAAACUUUACAUGUAGUAUCAGCUGCAAGUGCCGAUUAUGCGGCUGAAAAAAUGGGAAUCGAUAUAGCAUACGUUUUAGAAUUACCAGCUGGUCCACCAGAACAUAAAUUUCAUCCUAAAACAUCAGAAAUUCGUUUGGUUGGCAGAGAAACUUUUGCGGCUUUUAAAACUUUGACUCCCUAUGCUCUUAAAAAAGGGCCUUGCGUAGAUGGUACAUCGAAACAUUUCCAAAAGUCUUCUAAAUAAAAACAUAAUCAUUAAUUCAUUGAUUUAGUACAGUGCACUGUAUUCAUUUUGUUAAGUAAUAUGUUAUUUUUAAAUAAAUUUGAAGUUCUAUCAGCAGACGUGAGAUUUUGAUCUAUCGAUAUGAUAAGACUUAAUAUCUCAAGUACGUCUACCCUUAGUAAAUAUAAUCUCAAAUUUAUGAAAAAUUUAUUUGU